AUGAGCACAUACAAUCAAUAUUAUUGUACAUCAUGUUACAAUGUUUGGGAUUAAAAUUAAUGUAUACCCAAACUUUUAAAUUGUGGACAUUCCUAUUGUCUUAAAUGUCUCUAACGUCUAUUCAAGAACAAUCAAAUAAUUUGUCCUGAUGAUAUGUAUAUCAUUUUAUCAAUAUCUCAAGGUAAUCCAUUAAAAUUGACUCACUCAAUUAAUUAACUACUAAUCAAGAAUUAUUACAUCCCCCACUCUAAAUAACUUUACAUACCUCACAACAUGAUGUCUCUAUAAUCCAAUCAGAUAAUAUAACAUAAUCUACAACUCGCCUAUAUACUAAUAUUCCUGAAAAUUCAGUUUACAUCCAAUAACAACUCUAUAUCAAUCAAAAAGAACAUAUCCCAUACACUAGACUAUAAUUAUAAUAAUGUCAUUAACAACUUCAAGAAUCUCAUUAAUAAUUUGAAUUAAACCAGUAAACUAAUUGUAAUGAAGCCUAUAAAAUGAUCACUCUAUAGAAACGAACCUUAAUUGAAUAAAUAUAAUAGAACUUUUUAGAUUUUCAAAUUAAACUCAAGAAUCUUGAAAAUCAACUCUUAAAUUAAGUUAAUAUUAUAGCCUUAAAAUUUGAAGAUGAUAUCAAAUAAUUACAUAUUUAAUUUGAUAACAAAACAAUUACUGAAAUCUUAUCUAUAAAAGAAAGGUAAAUCUCUUUAUUUAUGAAUAGUUAGAAUUGAAUAAUUGUUACUCUUAUCUAAUGAUAAUCUAAAUACAAAAGUAGAUUUGGUUAACUCCCUAAUUCGAUAGACUGAACUUACUAUUAAAAAUUUAGAUAAAUAAACUCCUCUUCUAAUUCAAGACAUUGCUACUUAAGAAAUGUAAAUCAAAUUUGAUCUAACUAUCUAUGAUUACUUGCCUUUAUUUUGUACUAUAAAAAAAUACAAUAAAAACAGAUCAGAAAAUAAAAGCAAAAGCAGAAUCAAUACAUUAAAUGAUUACGAUUCUAAUAAUUAUACUAUUAAUCACUCUAAUUAAUCUCUUACUUAAUAUAGUCCAAAACCUAAGGAAUAUGACAAGUCCUUCUCAAAACCAUUUUAAUAUUCAAAAAAUGCUCAUCAUCUUGAAGAUACACCUUAUUAGAGAUUGAAUCCAAGAGAAUUAACUUUUGGAGGCUAUAUUCAACAAAGAAGAUCUAAUGAUUCUAAAAAUUAAAGAAGUUUAUCAUCCAGUAAACUUUUCUAAACCACUGGUAUCAAUCGUAUUAAAGAUCUUCUAUUUAAAGGAUUAACUAUUGAGAAAUUAGAUUUAACUAAUCAAAGUAAAUUAUUAUAUUUCAUCUAGAUUUAAGUGAUCCAGAUAUACAAGAUCUUAUUAUAUUAAUUCAAAAAUCUAAUUCAUAAAUUGAAAUUCUUAAAUUAACCAAAAAUAGGAUCACUGAUAUUGGAUUAGACUAUUUACUCACUCUAUUAAUGAAACGAAGUGAUAUACAUACUCUCAACUUAUCCAAUAAUGAUUGCACUGAAAAAUCAAUAUAUAUGAUUGAGAGAAGAAUAUAAUAACUAUUUGGAAAAACCAUCUAUCUUUCAAAUUGCAAACUCAAUAACUUAAAGUAAUUAAAAUAGAAAUAAACUAUAUUUCAAAAUAAAGGUGUCACUUUGUUUUUAUGA